GAGGAGGAGGCGGCCGGUGAUGGCGGAGGGCGGCCCGGGCGGGCAGGCGGGCCGGCAGCUGAAGGAGUGGCUGCGGGAGCAGUUCUGUGACCAGCCCCUGGAGCGCGGCGGCCGCGGCUCCCGCCUGCACGAGGCGGCCCACGCCGGGGACCUGCCCGCCCUCAGCAGCCUGCUGCAGGAGGAGGGCUGCCUCAGCCGGAUCAAUGAGAAGUCGGUGUGGUGCUGUGGCUGGUUGCCCUGCACGCCGCUGCGCAUCGCCGCCACCGCCGGCCACGGCCCCUGCGUCGAGUUCCUCCUCCGCAAAGGGGCCGAGAUCGACCUGGUGGAUGUCAAGGGGCAGACUGCCCUCUAUGUGGCCGUGGUCAACGGGCACCUGGAGUGUGCCAAGAUCCUCCUGGAAGCUGGGGCUGACCCCAACGGCAGCCGGCACCACCGCAGCACCCCUGUCUACCACGCGGCGCGGGUGGGACGGGCAGACAUCCUGCAGGAGCUGAUCAGGUACGGAGCAGACGUGGAUGUGAAUCAUCACCUCCCUUCCCGGGACCCCAGCCUCUCCCUGCGGCCCCUCACCACCCUGGUGGUCUGUCCACUCUACAUCAGUGCUGCCUACCACAACCUCCAGUGCUUCCAGCUGCUUCUCCAGGCUGGAGCCAACCCGGAUUUUAACUGCUGUGGGCCCAUCAACAUCCAGGGCUUCUCCAGGGGCUCCCCGGUAUGUGUGAUGGACGCUGUCCUGCGGCACGGCUGCGAACCUGCCUUUGUCCACCUCUUGAUUGACUUUGGAGCCAAUCUGAACCUGGUGAAAGUGGAGGCCUUGGGAGUUGAAUCCACUGGAAGGAUCAGAGUCAACCCUGAGGCUAUGGAGGUGUUCAAGGAAGCAAGGGGCCGCCCCCGGAGCCUCUUGUCCCUCUGCCGCAUCGCUGUCCGAGGAGCGCUUGGCAAAUCUCGCCUGGAUCUGAUCCAUAUCCUUCCAAUCCCAGACCCCAUUAAACAAUUUUUACUUCACCAACACAGUUAAAAGGGCAACUGGCUGCUCUCUGAGACAGCUGGAUUUGUUCAACGAGCGCCCUGAUAAAGCCAGGUGCCCAUCCCAGCCCUUCCCCCCCGCAGGGAGAUGCUGUGGUGCUCAUGACGUGCACAUCACGCCCUGCCCCUGUGACUUUUUUCCCCUCCAGAUUUAGGGUGCAGUGAUUUUGUGUGUCUAUUCUUAAGCUACUGGUUAUCUUAAGUGGUGAUCCCUUGUUUGCAGCUGGUUGGGUGAUCAGGCCACUAAGGUAUGUGUGGCUGUUACAUGAGCAACUUCAAGAUAUCCUAUAGCUCUUGGUAAAUGACUCUUAGGUGUGACUCCACCUCUGUUAUUGCUCUGCCUAUGCACACCUUGGGUCUCAGCUGCUCAUCUGCCUGGGGAAAGCGUCCAUAUUUAAGCCUUUCCUCUUCCUGUAGCAUCUAAGGGAGUCCCUCCUCACCUUGCUGAGGGUUUUACAGCAGCACUCUUCUCCUUCUGCUGUCAGUGCCUGGCCUUUCUCUUCCCUAUGAAGUCUGUAUCUUCUUCUGUCUUCUGCUGGUGUGAAAUGCAUCCAGGUUUCCUGCCCAGUGCUUGGAAAAUUGUAUCUGUGUCUCUCCAAGCUGCUGACUUGGCUUUCUUUGUGUAGAGGCCCUAAUGGGAGAGUAGCAGAACAAGUCAUCCUACCCUGUCUAAGAUGUUCCUGCAGAGCACCAGGUCUGCUGUGGCAGCUUGGCUCUCCUUCCAGCUCUGUGAUGGACAAGGUGGGAGUUGGCUGGUCCUCCUCCUGACUGCCUGGGGCUGGAGGAAUUCUGGUGACCACCCUAGCACAGGUGGAAAAACGUGGAGAGAGGAAAAGAUAAUUGUCACCUCUGGAAACUCACAGCCUCUUGUGGGCCCAUGAUCCCUAUGAUUGAGUCACCACUCUGUGUGUUGGUGGGACAAGGCUUGUUAUGCUCAGAUGAAGCCACCACGUGAACCUGAAAGAUUUCUGAGCUGCUUAUUGUUUUGUUUUUUUUUAAAGUAAGAAUCUCCUGCUCACUGAAAAAUAGGUUGGGAUAUUUGGGAGCGACCAGGAGCAACAGGGGAGCAGCUGCUGAGUUAAACUGUUGUGUUGCUCUGUGGGAUGGCAGCUGAUGAUUCUCAUCUGUGUGAUCAUGAAGAAAAAGACACUAUGAAUGGUCCCUAGAUGCUUGCAGUGUUGCAGUGAUUUGGAUGUUCUUGAAGGUUCAGUAAAGCAGCUGACAUUGCACAGCACAUAGAAGUUCCUACAUACCUUUGACUCCCUAACCCAUGGUGGCAGCAUGGCCAGAGAAAACCCUCCCAGGUCUUUCUGUUUGCGUGCUGCUUCUACCAGCUGUGUGGAAAAGGGAGAGGAAAGGACUGUUGGCCUUUUCUUGAAGAGUUAGAGGGUUGUGUGCUUCUAAAUGCAGUGUUGCAUCCAGCAGCACUUUUGAUUUCCAGUGCCUCUUCUAUUGCUGUUUGCCUUCAGAGAGCAAAGUAGACAUUCUCAAAAUAGCAACUUUAGAAGGACAGAGAUGAUGGUUGCUCAGGAUCUUGAGUAAAAAUCCAGGUGAUAACUGUUUUUUGCCUUUACUUACUGAUUCUUUCUAGUCCCUGUGUUAAAACUUGAUUUUUUUUUGGACUAGUUUUUCUUUGCCAGAUGUUCUGCCCGUGCAGUGGGGUAUUUUUUCCAGAUGUGGUCCUAAAGGUGCCAGGGGUUUGUUUCUUGUAUGGGAUCAGUGCCUAGGAACCUGUGGUUGAGAGCUGAGUGUGGGAUGGCAAGGACAGUGAGUCAGCUUCUCCUUGGAAUGGGGUCUUGCUCUGGUCCCUCAUCUCCUUGACGCCCCAGGGUGACAGGGAACUGGGGUUCAGCUGCCUUCCAGUUUGGCUCUGAAUUCCUUUGCCUGACAGCCCUGGUUAUCCUGCCUCUGUAGGAGCACAUCCCAUAGAUUUGCCCCAUUGGUCUUGGCACUAGUUCCAAAGUGUUUUUUUUCCAGAGGCAUAAAUGAGUGGAAAGUCACAGUUCAGUUUCUGGUCCUCCCACCAUGGGAUGUAUUUAGGAUGGAGUUCCAUGAGCAAUGAUGGACUUCUUGGGAUGUUUUACUACCUGCUGAAGAGCAGGUGGCUUUCCAGGAUGCUUUCAGAGAAGGAGGAAGGGCAGGAAAAGUGCAGUCCCUGGUUGUUUCCUGUUAUUUCAAUUCCAUGGCCAGGCCUGGAAGGUCCCAGCUAGCCCCUUGUGUUGCUCUGCUCACUGAUUUUAGGAUAAGGUGGCAAAAUUUGCACUUCUAAGAACAGACUGAACACUCAGUGCUCAGAUCAUUGAAUCAUGGAGUGGUUUGAGUUGGAAGGGAUAGAAAGAUCAUCCAGUUCCAACCCCCCUGCCACAGGCAGGGACACCUCCCACCAGCCCAGGUUGCUCCAAGCCCCAUCCAACCUGCCCUUCAACACUGCCAGGGAUGGGGCAGCCACAGCUUCCCUGGGCAACCUGGGCCAGGGUCUCACCACCCUCACAGCCCAGAAGUUCUUCCUGAUGUCUCACCUCCAUCUCCCCUCCUCCAGUUUUAAUCCAUUCCCCAGAUACCAAAGCAAAGGAUACUUCCCAAGCCCUCAGGUGAGAUAUAGCAGCAGGGAUAUGUAUCUGCAGAUGUGCUUUCCAGGUGAGAAGGCAGGACUUUGGUGCUGUUUCCCUUUCAGGCUUGCAGAUGGUUUAGGUUUUCACUGUGCUGGAGGCCAGGGCAGCCCACGAGCAUGUUGCCUGAGAGCUGCACUCUUGCUUUUAUAGGAGUGUGAACAUGCCUGAGAGAUGCAAACAGGUUGUAAAGCCUCUUGUCACCUUGCUGGUGGAACCAUAAUGUUUUGCAGAAGCACGGGCUGGAAUGUGCCCUCUGGCUCUGCUGUGCAAAGGCAGACAAUGAGGGAGGUUGUCUUGAGAGACUGAAGAGCAGCUUCUGGCCAUGCACGGAGUCAGUACCUGGUGCUGAUAUGGUUCCUUUGUAGUUCCCUCCACCCUGGGUGAGCUCAGGGUGGAGAGUUUGGCCCCUGCCAGUUUGUUCUUUGCUCAGAAUUUGGGGUUUGGUGAUGGUGGUGCACCAACCUUGUGCUGGACUUUCUGCUUAUGGGGAUUUCUUUUCACCUCAAGCUUGAAGGACUACCUGGGUUCUCAAGUCCCAACAGAUGUGGAGUCCAAAGGACUCCCCUGACCAUGAAUGUCUCCAUCCCCCCUACCAUGGAUAUCUCCACCCCCCCAUCCACAGGUCAAAGGAUGGUUCUCCCAACCCAGCAGCAAGCAAGCUUGAAGUUCAGCAGUCACUUGGGCGUUUGCUGCAUGAAAGCUUUGAAGUGCAGGAGACAUUUUGCCUGGACUACCCACCCAACUCCCAUCUCACCUGCAGGUCUGUGCCUCGUGCAGAGAGGUCUUGGUAUUAAACCUGGAUGGUCUUUCUUCUGGCUUGAGGGGCUCCAACUCAGGGGGACAACUCCCAGAGUAUUGAGCCCUAAAUCCCUGUGCACAUCAGUUGCUGAGGCUACAUAAACCCAGUGACAGGGCUUAAUAUCUAGACUUGGAAGAUCUGGAAUGUUCCUCCUAGGGAAAUGAUCAUGAAUCCCAAAAUAGAUUCAUGACAUUCACAGACCUUGGUGUCCUGUAGGGCCAAAACCAGUGUCCUCUGCCUGUCUUGUCCUUUUCAACCCAGGAAACAACAGUCUUCCAAAAUGAAAUCUGAGUAAACAUGUGCAUAUUAUUUAUCUUCCCACUGGAGGAACAGCAUUUACUUUUUGCCUUAGCUCAGACUUCACCUUUUCCUCCUGUGUAGCAAAGCAUUUUCUUGUGGCAAAAUGGUUUCUCCAUGUUGUCCAUGGGGCAUAACAGAACAAAUGAGUGUCCUGAAGUCACGGGUGGGAAAUGAGACCUGUUUUCUUGCUGCACAGUAUAGAAAGCUGUGCAUUGUGUGGCCUUGCUGUGAGCCUGGGUGGGAUGGGAUAACAAGAUUUGGAAAAUGGUUCAAGAAACCAAACCAGAUCUGGGAUAAGCAAAGCAGAUCCAAAGCAGGUUUUGUUGUGUUGUUUUUUUUUUUUCAUGUGGGCUUUGUUGCUAGAGGGGAUUUCCAGAGCAUGGAAUGCUGGUAGCUGGGACCCAAAUACCAUUUCCUGCUCUUUGGGGGGGCUGUGCAAAAAGCAGAGGAGCAGCAUCUGUUGGGUUGAAGUGUUUGGGUUUGGGGUUUUUUUUUUGUUUGUUUGUUUUUUUUCCCAUUCCUAAAGUCAAGUAAAGCACUUUUUACACCACAACCAGGCUCGGAGGUCCAGCACCUCUUCAGCCCUUCCUUUUUCCAGUGAAGGAACCCACUCAGGACAGAGCAGGGCUGACCAAGUCCCCACUUUUAAGAAGCCCAAACCUGUUGGGUUUGCCCAGGCUGAAACGCUUGUGCAAGGGCAGGCAGGUGAGACCUGGGAGGAGACAGGAGGUAUUGUGGUGGGCCUGGAUUCAUGUGUGGCUGAAUAAAGAUGUUCCCCUGCAA